AUGUCCGAUAUCAAAGCAGAGACCAAGAACGAUAAUAACAUUGACGAUAUGUCCAAGGACCAGUCAGAGGAAAAACCAACUCCUAGUAAAAACAAACGAAGCGGCUCCAAGAGACUGUCUACUCUUGAACGAACGGCUCAGGAAGGCGAAGCUCUUGUUAAGGGAAUGGGUUCAGCGCCAGUAGAAGUUGAGGGCAGAAGACGUACCCGCAGUUCAGCUCGUGGACUGACACCUUCUACACCUGCACCUUCUCCACCGAAGAAACAAAAAACCGAGGUUGUGUCAAAAGUAUCGUCUGGCACAGGACGCGGACGUGGACGUCCAAAGAGGCAGGAGAAGACCAGCGAAAAUAACACCGACGAGGAGGCCAACAACAAAAAUGAGAAGCAUGUUGAGGAGGAAAAAAUGGAGGUAGAUGAAGAAGCUAAAGAAGAAAAGGAAAGCAAAACGUCGGACAAGAGUGUUGCCGAGAAAAACAGUGAGGAGACUACUGAUGGAAAUGACAACAAUGCUGAGAAGACCAACUCCAAGGAAGAAAAAACGACGGAAGAGCCUGAAGAUGCGCCGGCAACAGAAUCUAAAACCCCGGCAAAGGCUAGUGAAGAAAAAAAGGAGGAAAAUGAUGAAGAUGUUAAGGACAGUUCAGACUCAAGUCAAGACGCGACAGAUGCAGUUGCACCGGAUAAUAAUAAAUCUUCAGAACAACCACCUGCAAACACAGAGUCUCAAAAUCCCUCCAACAAGACGACCACCGAUGAGAAGAAGGAAUAA